AUGUCGGGCACAGUAGGCGGACGACCACGUGGAAAUGCAUCGGAUGCUUCAAGUCCGACAGAGGCUGGAGGCGUGAUGACGCCUCGCGCCAACAUUGGCCCGAUGCGGCUAGGGCCACCGCAAUCUUUCCGGGACGCGGAAGAUGCUGCACGUGAAGCCAGCGGCAUGUACAAGUCGUCGCCCACAUCGCGUGAACCCAGCCAGACCCGUGGCCGCGCCCUGACUGCCUCGUCUCGGUCCAUUGCCUCGCGCUCUCAGACGCCGGCCGCAAAGGGUGCCAGUAGUAAUUCGAGCCCCGACCGCACCUUCCACUCGCUUGAGCGCAAGCCGUCGGGCUCGUACGCCCACAAUCGCAACACGUCCAUCGUCCACGGCAUCCAGCACUCGCGGAACACCAGCUACGUAAAUUCCCCCGCCACGAGUCCGCUGAGUCCACACAUUAUUGCUGCCGCGGCAGGUGCCACCAUCGAUGGAGCCGUCAUGUCGCAGGAAUCUAUAGCGGAUGCCUUUGCCGCCAACGGCAUGCAGCCGGGCGCGGGCGCGGGCAGUGUCACUGGCAACGUCUACGGCCUGGCAGGAGCCCAGGCUGCAGCGAGCGAUGGCAGCAUCACCCAGCGCCGACCGGAGCGAGCACCCAGCUCGCGCUCUUCGCGCAAAGGCCACAACCACCACCGCUCCCAGUCGAGGCACCCGCCGCACCCCCACGAGCUCAAGACGGUCGGCGAAUAUGCCCUGCACCACCUGUUCAACGCCUUUAUCAGCCAGGCAGAGCACAAGAUCAACCAGUGCAUGACCGAGCGCGGCCAGCCUGAAGUGAGGGUUGAGGCGGUUUGCGGGCCCGGAGUAGACCCCACCUUCGACCAGCUCAUAGCUGCCCUGGGCCAUAUAGCGCGCCACAAGCCAAAGCCGCUCAUAGACACCAUCAUGCUAUGGCGCAAGGCCAAGAGCGAGGAGGCCUCCAAACAGCGCACCCAGCUGCUCAACGCGAGGCAGGCCAGUCCGAUAGCCCAUCCUCAUCCCUCACUGUCUCGUCGAAACACCGAGUCGACGCAGCAGCCAGACAGCCAAUCUGCAAAUUCCAUGGCACCUGGCCCUGACUACAUCAUCGCUCUGCAGCAGACCGUAACUCAGGCCGAACAGCGCUCUACUGUCUCGACCUAUCUCCUGUGUCGCGUGCUAAUUGAGAUUAUGACCCAGACCGAUCUCAAAAACCUCACUUUGGAAAUGGCCGAGCGUCUUCUUGGCCUGUUCUAUGGCCAGCUCAGCACUGUUGACCCUGACCUGGUGGACAUUUCGCCCCUCAAUCUCGCCAACUGGACCAUCUACAGCCAGCUGCUCGGUGUACUGAGUGGCCUCAUCUUCAAAGAGGUGCAGGAAAGAUUCGUGGCCGACUUGAAGGUUGUUGAUGGCCACCUGUCUAUCAAGAAUCAGUAUAAUCGAGACCAUGAGGCCAAAGGAGCCCUACUGAUUCGCGCUCUGAGACACCUGAAAGUGGAUUCCUAUCCCGAAGAGAGCUGGGACCAGACCUGCGAUUUCAUGCUUUCCAUGGCGAAACUCUUCACCAGUGCCCAUGGCCAGCCAGUCAAGUAUGCUUACUGUCAAGUCCUCAGGGAGCUGUUGCUCCGCAUCGCCUCAAAGGCCACGGUGGAGCUUGACGCACCCAAGUGGAAGACUGUAAUCGAGAUGAUGAAGCAACGCGCGGCCAUACUCAUCGGAAAGCCCAAGCACUGGCAGGAAGCCUUUCCACUGAUGGCAGCAAUCUUGUGUGCUUCUCCAACCGACGUAUUCCUCUCACAGUGGCUCGCAUUAGUGCUUUCCACGCAGCCAAGGCUCAAGGAACGCGCUACUAGGGCCAUUGCUCUCCGCGGUAUCUGCCGACUUGUAUGGACAUACAUAUACAGGCGCGGUACCGAGGCUCCCAACAUAGCCGUGCGCCGACUAGAUGAAAUUAUACGCAUGGUAUUCCUACCAGGAAGACGCUCGUAUCUUUCAACCGAAUCGGCCAUUGCGGAACCGCUGAUACAACUCACGCGCAUCAUUGGCUACAAGUAUCAGGACCUUUGCUUCAAAACCAUAAUUUUUCCUCUACUCAAUUCGGAAAUGUUUACUUCCGGACGAGAGUUGCGCGUUGAGAAUCUGGAACCGGACCGCAUGGUUAUAGGUAUUCGCUCAUUUCUCGCCAUCAUGGCAGAUCUUGAGAAUACCGAACAACCUCCAUUUCCGCUUACCUUUGAAUACGAUCCGAAUGCCGUCUUCAGUGAGCUACCUGCUCUUCCAUCAAGUCCGCGACCUAUGCAUCCUUUGCCUAUAAAGUCCACCCUCCUCAAGGAAGAGCGUCUCUCCCGCCCUGUCAACUUUACUGGCUUUGCAGAGGUGGCAAAAGAGUACUACAACCGCUUCUGCAAAAUCCUUGGCGAGAUCACCAUCAUAUGCGACAACGCUUUUGGCGGCCAAGCCGUGCUGGACGAGAAAUUCUCUUUGCAGACACCCAAGACGCCCAUGGCUGAUGCCUUCAGCUUCGGUCGUCGCGAAGAUUACCUGACAACGACCGAUCCCCGUCAAGGGUUUUACGACUUACUGCAUGUUGCCGUCCAGGCGCUGCCUCGGUGCCUGUCCCCACACAUACCCAUAAAUGCACUUGUGAACUUGUUGUGCACUGGAACAGCACACGUCCAGAGCAAUAUUGCCAUGUCCUCAGCUCAAUCGCUCAAGUCCAUAGCACGUCAGUCAUACGCGCAAACCGUUACGAUUGGAUUUGCACGCUUCAUCUUUAAUUUCGAUGAUCGUUAUGCUACCAUGUCGGACGGCGGCAUGCUUGGGGCUGGACAUAUUGAAAACACAUUGAAGCUCUAUGUUGAACUACUGCAAAUAUGGAUCGAGGAGAUCAAGCGGAAAACUCGCAAAGCAGCGCUAGACACUCCUGAUGACGGUUCUGGCAACAGGGCUGCUCAGCUUGAUCUUUCUUCCGUAUGGGCUCACGUUGAUGAGGUCGAGUCUCACGGCCUGUUUUUCCUGUGCUCGCCUUCACGUCGUGUUCGUUCCUACGCUGUCACCGUGCUCCGCCUUGUUACCGAAUUCGAUACGGCUUUGGGUGGGUCCAGCACACGGAUCAUCCGCGUAAUGGAGGGUAGUCCGCAGAGAGUGCUUGACAUUAGCGAUGAAAAGCUGUCCCUAGCUGAGCGGAGUCGUCUGCAACGUGGUAUGCGCAAAAGCAACCGAUGUCCCUUACGACGCACACUAUGGUUCAAGAUCUUCCCGAACCUGAUACGCAUCAGCUUCGAAGUCUGUCCCUUUGCUUCGACACUCACUCGGGAUAUCGUUUGUGCAAGACUGUCUCAGAUGUACAGGACGCUUUCCUCCCUCUCCGAAGGCCAACGUUCAACGCCUUACUCGCCGUAUGAGCCUAGCGGGAGCAAGCCCAGCGGUCGGUUGGCUUCUACCGCUCCGGAAGUCAUCAUCGAACAAUGGAAGCUCUAUCUCAUCUUUGCUUUUACGACAUUGACGAGCUUGGGCCCAACGGCUGCGUCGGCCACACAAGGACAACAUUCGCGGAAGAGCUCCAAGUCGUCACAAACUAGUACCAACAAACUGCAUACCGCUACCGAGUUAUUUGCCAAGGUUCUCCCGUUCUUGUCAGUGGACAAUGUCGCCAUACGAGACGCCGCAGUCAUCGGGCUCGGCUCCGUCAAUCUGAAUCUUUACCGUACGCUACUUGAGUCGCUUCAAGGCAUCGUGGCUGCUUGUGCCGAAGAAGCCAAGACUCGAAUGGGCAACCACAACAGAACCAUCAGUAGCCCACGCCCCAUGAACUUCCGGACCGAUCACCUCCGAACGGAGAUCACACAUGACCUGAGAAUUUUUCUCAGCGAUACCGAAGUUCAGCUUGAGGUACGAUAUCUGAAGCUGCGCACGCACUACUGUGGCUUGGUAGAAGUAUUAUUUGAGGGCAUCAACAAGACCAGCGACCCCCUACGCUGGAUGCCAUUUCAAGCUCGCAAAGCAGCUUUUACGUUGAUGGAAGAGUGGUGCGGAUACUCCGCGAACCAAGCUCAGAUCCGCCAGCGAGAAGAACACAUGCGACGUUCUAUACUUGACCGGGCGAUAGAAGCGGACAACAAAGGCAAUGUGACUGCCGCUCUCGAAAUCGAGAAGCGGGAUCUCCGGACUGCAGCUCUGAGCGCCAUGGCUGCAUUAUGUGGUGGGCCAGUCAGCAUCACGACGGACAGCAAAGUGUUACUCCAGUUCGAUGUCAGUCGUAUGCUUUCGUGGAUUCAGAGCAUCUUCGAAACCCCGAGCGACCGAACGCACGCUAUCGGUCGUCGGGCACUGUCCAACCUCAUCCUGCACAACCGCGAGCACCCAUAUCUGCUGGACAAGGCAAUCGAAAUGUGCUAUCUUGCUGUAAACAGCAAAGCGCUCGACAGCUACUUUGAAGUUGUCGCCCAAGUUCUUACCCAGCACGAGGACUACACAUUACCAUUUUGGAAGGUGCUAAGUGCAGGUCUCUAUACACUGGGACAUGAGAAUAGUGAGAUACGUAUGAAGUCUGCCCGGUUGCUUCGCACACUUGAAGCCCGUGAAGGAAAGAACUCGAAGUUGCAAGACCUGGAUAUCAGCAUCUCGGACAAAACAGUCGCUGUUUACAAGCUUGCUCAAUUCGAGACCUCCCGCAGGCUCGCCAAACAACAUUCCGAACUUGCUUUUUUGGUAUUUUCGCAAUUCUCAUUCUACUUCAAAGAGCUCCAGCCUGAUCACAAGCGUAACAUGGUCGCUGCUAUGCUUCCAUGGGUGCAAUCAGUCGAAUUGCAAGUAAAUCCGGAUGGAGGACCAACAGGCAACUCAUACAUGCUCCUCGUCAACCUUUUCGAGAUCACCUACACUUCUGGAAAUGCACUACACAACGAGAUUCAAGCACUCUGGCAAGCAUUAGCAACAGGGCCGUACGGGGGAAACGUGCAGCUCAUUCUGAACUUCAUCAUCAGCCUCUGUUUGGACAAGCGAGAGCAGAACUAUGUCGACUACUCGAAGCAAAUCGUAGUUCAUUUAUCCAGUACUCCCGCAGGCUUAAAGGUGAUUGAAUUUUUGCUCCUACAGAUCAACCCACGGUCUAUGGUGAGCGAGAAGCGCGAACCCAUGCCACCACCGCCGGAUGCGGCUAACCUCCCCUACCUGGUCGAUCUCACAACAGUGUUGCCGAGUAGCAACAAGCAGUCCGGCUUUGCCUUGGGACAGGUCUGUCUCAUCAUGCUGGUAGACCUCAUGGUUUCGCCAGUUGAACUUGCCAAAGAGCACAUUCCGUUGCUUCUGCAAGUGGUUCUCGUGCUCUGGGACCACUACACUGCAGUUGUUCAAGACCAAGCUCGCGAGAUGCUUGUACAUCUCAUUCACGAAUUAGUCAUCUCUAAGAUCGAGGAUGAUACUCCAGGCAUCGACAAAAGGUCUAUCGAAGACUUUGUUGAAGGCAUCCGUCAGCGUGACAGCAAGGUGGUAUGGAGUUAUGACGAUAAAAACGGAAAAGACACCGCAGACUCAACAACAAAGGUGCCUGAGCCCAUGGAAUACGUUGCUGCAGAGGUGAUGAAAUUCUUUUCGUUCGCUUAUCCGGGACUAAGAGAAGCCUGGGGAAGAGUGGCUCUUCAUUGGGCUACAUCUUGCCCAGUCCGACACAUCGCAUGUCGAUCAUUCCAGCUUUUCCGUUGCAUACUCAGCUCGCUCGACCAGCAGAUGCUCUCCGACAUGCUUGCAAGACUUUCAAACACUAUUUCCGAUGAGGAGAGUGACAUACAGACCUUUUCCAUGGAGAUAUUGACAACUUUACGAACCAUCAUCGAAGCCUUGGCACCCGAAGAUCUCAUCCAGUAUCCACAACUGUUCUGGACCACCUGCGCAUGUUUGGACACGAUACACGAAGGCGAGUUCAUGGAAAGUCUGCUCAUGCUAGACAAGUUUCUUGACAAGCUCGACUUGGGCGAUGAGGACGUGCUCACCACCUUGGAAGAGAGUUGCCCGGAUAAAUGGGAAGGCAAGUUUGAAGGCCUCGCCCAAUUAACGUACAAGGGCAUACGCUCUAGUAUAUGUCUCGAUCGUUCUUUACGAAUCCUGGAGAGGCUAGUAGUCUUGCCCUCCAGUCGCAUCGUGGGCGAUGACAGCCGACUGAUGUAUACUAUUCUCGCAAACCUACCGAGGUUCCUCCGUUCCUUCGACCCGACAGUGAAAGACCCAAGCAUUAGAGCGACAGCCGAAGUGCUUGCUCAGGUGGCCGAGCAGUACUACCAGUGCACGCCACUUGCCGAAGCCCUGACCGCAAUCGCUAUGAAGCGAUAUCGACACGAGAAGGACUUCCUCGCGCAGAUCAUGUCGACGAUACGUACGGCAUUCUCCCCAGAAAACGAGUUUGGUAGCCUGGUUUUCCUUCUUGGGCUACUGAUGAACAAGAUCGAUUGGAUGAAGAUCAACACCAUGGAAGUUCUGUGUGUUCUCUUACCGGAGAUUGAUAUGCGUCGACCAGACAUGGCCGCCAAAGGGUCUGAUCUCUUUUCGCCACUUCUGCGAUUACUGCAAACCGCCUACUGCCCCCAAGCUCUGAGGGUCCUGGAUUACGUCAUCAAUCUCAAUAUGACGAGCACAUUAACGCCGUUUGACAAACAACACAUUCGCAUGAGCAUGGCCGGCUCACACUCUACCAGAGGGUACAAGAAACAGUUUGAAAAGACACAGUCGCUUUAUGGCAUUCCUGAGGACAGUGGCUGGUCGAUCCCGAUACCUGCUUUGCAUUCGCAGUUGACGAGAGCAAAUGUCCACGCCGUCUUCUACACCUGCGGCCAUUAUGGUGACUUACAUGCAUCCGAGAACGAAACGCCAAAGGUGGAGUUCCGCCAGGAGGAGUUUCCCUUCAGCCCACUAUCCGACUACCACCGAACAGCAACCAUGACAUCUGAAGACACUCGAGGGGAUAGUCACAUUGGCGAACUCGUCAUGAAACUGGAUAGCCUUGAUGACUUCUUCGAGGAUGAUGAUGAUGCCGAGACGUUGACGGACUUGCCCAACUUCUCUUCAUCGGGACGAUACAUGAAUUCACCCUACUCACACGACAUGCGCGAAAACCUUUACGAUCAACAAACUGCGCCAAUUCUAAACAAGUCACUCACACGAAACGCAAGCGUGACAUCUUUUCAGUCGGGCUUCAUAUCUGACGUGAAGCUCUCGCCCGCCAGAGACCCUGGCGUCAUGACACCCGGGGCGUUCAGUUCUUUUGCCGGCCCCUCUUCCACUUCCGGCCUGUCCACCACAAGCAACUCGUCCCGCCCAGGCCUCCACGCCCGCUCUGCAACAUCACCGUCUGCCCCCAACCAACAGCAGCGCAUCUCCCCGUCUCUUACAUCGACCGCCUUGGAAGAGCAAGGUGAAACCUUUUCCGACGACGAGUACGCUACCGGCCGCUCGAACAGCACAGACAAGAGCGGGACCUUUAAUCUAGAAAACAUCAUCAAGCCCGUCGCUCACGAUACGAGGAGCCGGUUCCGAAGUGGCAUGAGGAGAUUGACGGGUGGAGGCGGCGACAACAAGGAAGGUGCAAAGACGAGAGAUGCAAUCAAGUUGGCGUUGCAGAAGAGCCCACAGGUACCAAAAGUACCGGAUAUUUAUCUCGUAAACCCCAAGAGUGCGGAUCUAUAA